AUGCCCAGAGCCCCAGAGCUCACGACAAUAUUUGCGGCGGUGCCACAGUCCGGCGUGGACGACGAUGCCACCGCCGGAGCCGCCCAUGCCCCAGCACUGGCAUCAGGUGUUACGCUCCCCAUCACCGGCGCUGACAACGGCCACUACACCAAACUGUCUUCUACGCCCGCAGCAAAUCGAGCCCCCGCUCCCGCGCCCCACCGACACCGCCCCCAGCCCAGCGCCCCGCCGCCAUCGCUGCGGCUCACGCCGCCCCCUGCCGCCGCCCCGCGUGGCCCCCCGUUGCCGGCCCCGCCGGCCCCGCUGCCGCCCCGUGUCCCCACGCGGCUCUGCCCUGCGGCCCCACGGCCCCGCCGCCGCCCCAUGGGCCGCCGCCGCCUCGCGCGGCUCUGCCCCUCUGCCCCGCAGCGCCGCGGCCCUCAGCUGCGCCGCGGCCCACCGGCACCGGCCCCGUGCCCCCCCCCCGCCUACCUGAGAUCCCACGCCACGACAAUGCGGCCCGCCGAUGCCCCGCGGCCCAUCGCCGCCCCGAGGUCCCAUGCUGCGGCCCUGAGGCCCUCCGCCGUCCCGAGGGCCCCCGCUGCCGCCCCCAAGCGAGGUCCCACGCCGCGGCCCUGA